AUGGAGCCCCAACCCCUCACCACUCCUGCUCGUUCUGGUUUACCGUCGAUCAAGCUUGGUCUUGGGAUUGAUGCCUUUGGUUCUGGANAUGCUCAUUCUGGAUUACUGUCGAUCAAGCUUGGUCUUGGGAUUGGUGCCUUUGGUUCUGGAGGACGGAGCCAUGCGAAUGCCAUCACACACCAUGGAAAGUCUGCGUUCACAGCUGCACAGGAGUAUGAACUCCAUCAACAAGCCCUUAUCUUCAAGUACAUAGUCUCUGGCCUCCCUAUUCCAUUUCACCUUGUUCUUCCCAUUUGGAAGAGUUCUGGAAGCUCCAUUGGCGCUGCCAGUGGUGGAAUCCAUAACCAAUUUCCAAGAUUCUUUGGAUUUAGUCCUCCGGUGUUUGAUUACGGCAGCAUGAUGGAUCCUGAACCAGGAAGGUGUAGAAGAACUGAUGGGAAGAAAUGGAGGUGUAGUAGAGAUGUGGUUCCAGGCCAGAAGUACUGUGAGCGGCAUAUGCACAGAGGUUGUCAGCGUUCAAGAAAGCAUGUGGAAUCUUCUAAACAUAUUUCAGAAUCUGAUACAACCAUAACCAUCACAUCUAGUGACACCACUACAGCUAUCAAUUCUUAUAACACCACCAAUACAAUUGCCAAUCUCUCUGUUUCUGCCCCUCCCAAUCUUCAACUCAUGAUUCCCUCUUCUGACUACAGCAACAAUGUCCCUGCCACUGCUGAAAUUACCACUACCUCCUCUAGUAGUGGCAACAGUAGAGUUAACAAAAUCAAUGUCAUCAGUGACUCAUCUGCCACCCCUAUCACCAUCAAUUUCUGCAAUAGCAACAACAGAAGCAAAAACAAUGUUGGUGUCAAUAGAGACGCCAGCAUUAGCACCACCACAUUCAUCAGUGCAGUUGCUGACAAAUCCAACAGCAAAGACAACAGCUACUGCAUUGGUGACAAGGACACCGGAUUUGGCCAUUCCAAUUACAGAUUGGUAAGAGAAGCAGCAGCAAUGUAAAAGAAGUCAAAAUUGGUAGUUCUGUAGCUCCAAGAUUUGGCAUCUCCCCGAAGAGUGUUAUUCAAGGUGGUACUGCUAAGAAUAAAAUCCCUUUGUCAUUUGAUUUUUCACUACUUAUUUAUUUUUGACUGAUCUUAUUUCCUCAUGAGUUUUGAACAAUUGUUAAGUUCUACAUCUAUUUUAGUUGGACUAUCAUAGACUUUCUUGAAACAAAUUGCGCUGAAUUUUUUUCGUACAUAUUUGCUUAGUAGGUUUUUUUGAUAAAUGUGAAAUGUGUCAAAAGUUUAGUGCAUCUUACUGGCCUAUUUUUUAGGAGUAGUUGAAUUUAUUUAGGAGUCUGCUUUGUUGAUUGAGUCUUAGUCUGUUAUGUUGAAAUAAGUCAUCAUCAGAUUAUUGAGAUAUUUUAGGAGUUUGGUAUUGUUAUUGAGUCCAAGUUAGUUGAGUAUUUGUAGGAAGCAACUUCUAUAAAUUAGAGUCCUGUAACUCCAGAUUUUUUAUCACUUCAGCAACGUUAUUUGUUUCUUGUGUUCAAAUAAAAUUUCUUCCUUCUCUCAUUUAUUUAUUUCUGAAACAGUUCAUUUUCUUACUUAAAUUGAGCUGUUAAGUUUUUUUUUGAGAUGGUAUCAGAGCAAGGUUGUUGAG